AUGAAUCCAAAUUUGAACCAGAGCGAAAUAGGCUUUGAAGAAAUAAAAACAGAGCCGUUUUAUUGGGAAAAGAUUCUACCGCCGGUGAAGAAAGAGCCAGAGAAGAAGACAGAGAAUAUUCCAUGUCCGAUAUGUGGGAAGGUUUUUCGGAAAGAGUUUGAUAUCAAAAGACAUUUGUACACCCACACGGGAGAAAAGCCUUUCAAGUGCGAAGUUUGCGACCGCGGAUUUAGCCAGAAAUCGACACUCAUGGUUCACAUGAAUCUUCACACUGGAGCCAUGCCAUACAGUUGCCAUCUUUGCGGCAAGAAAUUUCGCCAGCGCCAGGGCUUGAAUUGCCACCUCAAGCAACAACGAUGUGUCCAGCAGAAUGCGGAAACAGAUGGAUAUCGCUUUCUGACGAAAAAGGAGAUGAAGGAAAGUCAGCUGAUUAAUCAGGAACAAUCAGAAAUACAAAAAAGCGGAUUGGUUCUUCCCGAUGAUUUGCGACUACUUCCCGCUGAUAAAAUCAUGCAACUGACGCUAGACACGGAAUACCUCGAUCUCGGCCAACAACUGAAGGACUUGCAGCGAAAAUUUGCUCAGCAGGGCUUGUGCUUCCCGGUGAUCGAUGAAUUGUUGACAGAUUUGCUUCCAAAAAGCUGUUCUAUUGCGAAGAUGCUCGAAGCAUGCGAGGACGCCAUCAAACUAGCGACCUCCAAUAGUGAACAACUCAACAACAGUAUUUUAAUUCCUCAAUGUCCGACUGAAGAAGCAGCUCCAGAAAUUCAAACAUCCCCCGUUCCCACGACAACCAGCAUCAAUCCGCCUCCAUCGACCCUUAUCAAUCUCGGUCUUCCACAACCUCCUCCCUUUCCAGAUCUCAUGAAUCUCCCGCUUCAAAACUCCACAGUUCUUGAGCCUCAUCCCUUUCAAAUAAUGCUUACAAAUAUUCACGAAUAA